GGAGACCAUCCUAGGAGCGACACAAGAAGGGGCAAAGGUGCAAAGUACAGAGGUCGGCGAGGAGCGGCGGUGUGGGAGACCGCAGCCGCCGCUGCCGCAGGGAAGGUGCCGCGGGCAGCCGGGACUCCUGGCUUGGCUGUAACCCGGUCCGGGGCCAGGUGGGACCGCGAGGGCCCAUGGCCGAGCCGGCUCCGUUACCUCUGACUUCUGAGGAUGUGGCCGUUUAUUUCUCCGAGCAAGAAUGGCGGGAUCUAGAGCCAUGGCAGAAGGAGCUUUACAAGCAAGUAAUGAACACCAAUUAUGAGAUUCUUGUUUCUCUAGAUGAUGGACUUCCCAAACCAGAACUAAUAUCCUGGCUUGAACAGGGGAGAGAACUCUUCAGGAUCUGGGGAGAAUCACAAAAAUCAGGAAACAUAAUUUGCACCUCUGCUGAUUUGCAUUUGGAUCCAGUUAUUGAGGGACAACUGUUUGUGGGAAGCCAGCAAGCUGUGAAACCAGGAGAAGCCCACUGCCAUUUCCAAGUAGAUCCUGUUCAGAGCCAGCGUUCCUCUGAACCCUUAUUAAAAGUGAAGGGAAAAAGUGAAGAUGUUUCCUUCAGGCCUGACCAAGUCGUCGCCCUCCUGAAUCCACAAAGACAUGAUGCUCGGGCUCUAGUUCCAGUAGUCCACAGCUCCAGGGAACCCACCCAAAGAGACACAAUCGUAAGUCCCAGGACUCUCGGUCCCCCCGGCUUCCAGGAAACCUCUGGGGAGGGCCUCCAGCACCCUUGCCCCGUCUGCGGGGCCUGGAAUCAGUUCCGCAAACAAACCGGCGCACAACAGCUGCUGAGCAUCCCUCGGGGCCAGAGGCACUUCCGCUGUCCAGAAUGUGGGCGGGGCUUCCGCCGGAAGUCGUGUUUGCUUAGACCCCUGGCAAUCCACCCCGUGGAGAGCCAGCUGCUGGGCAGCGAGUGUGAAGUGUAUGCCCACCACCUGCGCUCGGGGCAGAGGCCUUCCCAGUGCCCCGGCUGCGACGGGAGAGGCCAGGCUCCAGGAGAGAGGGUGCCGGGGCCGCCUCCGAGCAGGCUGAGCUCCCGCGCUUGGGAGAGAAGCCGGGCCUCAGCCCGGCUGGCGAGGAACGCCCGGAGGCUCUCGAGGCCGGCCUCCUGCGGCCCGUGCGGCCGGCGCUCCUCCCCGCACACGGGCGGCUGCGGCUCCACCGGAGGCUGCACUCAGAUGAGCAGCCUUGGCUCCCGGCUGAGGAGGCACGGCGGCGAGAGGCCGCUCUCCUGCGGCGAGUGCGGACGCGGCUUCGCCCACCCGUGCAAGCUGUGCGAGCACCUGCGGGUGCACAGCGGCGAGCGGCCCUUCGGCUGCCCCGACUGCGGCCGCUGCUUCCGUCUCAAGGGGCAGCUGCGGAGCCACCAGCGCCUGCACACGGGGGAGAGGCCGUUCCCGUGCCCCGACUGCGGCAAGAGCUACUGCGUGAAGGCCGACAUGAAGGCGCACCGGCUGCUGCACGGCGGCCGGAUGCCCUUCUCCUGCGAGUGUGGCAAAGGCUUCGCCAAGGAGUCCAAGCUCGUGGAGCACAUCAGGACGCACACAGGCGAGAAGCCCUUUCAGUGUUCCCAGUGCGACAAGAGCUUCCGCUUGAAGGCGCAGCUGCUCAGCCACCAGGGCCUGCACACCGGUGAGAGGCCUUUCCGCUACCCCGAGUGCGAUAAAAACUUCCGGGAAAGGGGCCACAGGCCCGGCAGGCCGUUCGCUUGUGCAGACUGCGGCAAGGGCUUCAUUUAUAAGUCGAAACUUGCCGAACAUAUCAGAGUGCACACGAAGUCCUGUCGUGCUCCCAGUGAGCCUGACGUUAAGCAAAGGCUCGGCCAGCUGUUUGCGAUGAUCGAGGCCGACUGGAUUUGAGGCCGAGUUCGGCGCCCAAAGCGGUCAGCAGAGUCGGUAUUGCCAGGGAGUCCACAGCCAGCGCAGCCAAACCCAAAAUCUGGUAAGACAGAUGGAAGGAACAGGGGCCCUUGUUAAGCAAGAAUGUGAUACAGGUUAGGCGUGUGAGAAACCACAAAGAUUCUCAUUUAAAACAUCACCAGCUGUGUUUUCUAUCCAUUGAUAGAAAACAGUGGAUAGAAACAAUAGAUAGGUUUGUUCUUCCCACCGUAUUAACGGGUGAUUUUCCCCAAUGUGCUAAUAAGCUAACUCUGAAAUCCCAGCUUGAAUUUAGACAGCAGGAAAUCCCUCCAGUACUGUUCUCAAAGCUAAAAGGAUGGGGUGACUGUUAAAUGUCAGCUCUUCUUUUUUUCAUAGUAUGAUGAUAAGCAGGGGGUUUAACCCAGCGACUUUUGUUGCAGGCCUGAUAUGAUAGGAUUUGGUUUUGACUUAUUUGAAGCUAAUAGCAACAAAAUGAGUUCUCCGACUCAUGGUUUGUCUAUGUGAAUGCUGAAGUUUCACAGCAGGUUUCAUAGUGAUUAUGCAUGGUUACCCUUAAGGAAAAGCUGAUAAUUCAAGCAAAAUUUGAUUAAUCUGGGUUGAAGAAAAUAAAACCAAAGGUGCUAAGUUGAAAAAAAAAAA